CACAUGACUGUGUGGCAACACAUAGCUCCAAUGCCAUCAUUAAGUUUGCUGAUGACACGAUGGUGGUAGGUCUGAUCACUGACAAUGAUGAAACAGCCUACAGAGAGGAGGUGCACACUCUGACACACUGGUGUCAGGAGCACAACCUCUCCCUCAAUGUCAGUAAGACAAAGGAGCUUGUGGUGGACUUCAGAAAAAAAGACAGAGAACACAGUCCCAUCACCAUCAAUGGAGCACCAGUGGAGAAAGUCAGCAGCUUCAAGUUCCUGGGUGUCCACAUCACUGAGGAACUCACAUGGUCCAUCCACACUGAAGUCGUUGUGAAGAAGGCUCAUCAGCGCCUCUUCUUCCUGAGACGGAUGAGGAAGUUUGGAAUGAACCGCCACAUCCUCACACGGUUCUACACCUGCACUGUAGAGAGCAUCCUGACUGGCUGCAUCUCCGCCUGGUACGGCGAUAGCACCACCCACAACCGCAAAGCACUGCAAAGGGUGGUGCGAACUGCCAGACACAUCAUCGGAGGUGAGCUUCCCUCCCUCCAGGAAAUAUAUACAAGGCGGUGUGUGAAAAAAGCUCGGAGGAUCAUCAGAGACUCCAGCCACCCGAGCCAUGGGCUGUUCUCACUGCUACCAUCAGGUAGGCGGUAUCGCAGCAUCAGGACCCGCACCAGCCGACUCCAUGAUAGCUUCUUCCCCCAAGCAAACAGACUUCUGAACUCUUGAUCUCCCACGAUCAAAAUACAUCAGCCCUGCACUUUAUUACUCUUUUAUCUCACACCGGACUGUCAUAAAUUAUAUUACUGUCAUUAUAUUAUGUCUCUCUUAACAACUGACUAUCAACCGACAGCCUGAAUGUCAAUACAGUACAAUACUGUACAUUCUAUAUAUAUA